AUGCAAGUAGAAGGUGACGGAAAUAAAAUUCUCCUACCGCACCACGAGCAGUUACCGCUUUGCACGAGCCGCCUGGCCUACCGACAAGGCAGGAAGCUUACUGCAGUAAAGGUGUACACAGUGGCAAGUGAAUCUAACCACCUCCUUGUAUUCGGUGUUCCAGCACUGAAUCUGCGGCAGGAGACGAAAGCUUUGUUCAUGAAAUUUGGGAAACUGGUAAAGUUCAACAUAUCGCCCGACCACCCCUCCGAGGCUUUUACAGAGACUUACCACUCUCAGUAUGAGAGAAUCCAAUCGGCCAGGGUUGCAAAGCGCAUGCUGGACACAAAAAACUUCUAUGGUGGCUCAUUACAUGUGUGUUAUGCCCCAGAAAUGGAGUCUGUGGAUGAGACUAGAAAGAAACUGUGGCAGCGACAGAAAGAUGUCCUCUACAGGCUCAGAAAUUUACCAUUAACUGUUGAUAAGCCAGAGGAAAAGAAGGAUGAAAACUUAUUUGAAGAACUACCAAAAGACAAGAAAGUUGUGAAGCUAGACAUGGGUCAAGCAAACACAAUAAGUCUCGGUAAAAAACCAAAACUGAGUAAGAAUAAAAGAAUUAGGGAGGCUCUUGAUAAGUUCAAAAGGUUUAAACCAUGUUUUGUAGACACAGCCAUUGAAGACGCUAAUACAAGUUCAAGAAUUGAAACUAAAGUAGGUACGAGUAUAGAUAAAGAAUUUAAUAAUGAAACACUUGUAGAAAGAGAUCCAGUACAUUAUAAAAAUAUUAAACGAAAACACAAUGAUAUGCCAGUAGAGGUUAUAGAUUGCACUUCAGUUGACAGUGAGGUUGUGACAAACAUCAAUGAACACUUGAACUAUGAUAAAUUUGGUACGGAAGACAUCAGAGAGAUGCCCAAGAAACGGGCUAACAAAAUUGUGUUCCAUAUAAAUAAAAACAGU